GCGGAAGUAGGAACUGUACUGUGCGGGUUCAGGAUUCCGCCUGUGGACGGUUUGCAAGAUCCUCCACCCGACACAGACUACUAUUGAUUAAAAGAAAACAGUUGUGAUUAUCAGAAGCUCACGAGAUGGCUGGACGAUUACCGGCGUGUGUUGUCGACUGCGGUACUGGAUAUACUAAGCUGGGAUAUGCAGGGAACACAGAGCCACAGUUCAUCGUUCCAUCAUGUAUUGCAAUCAAAGAGUCGGCCAAGGUUGGAUCAAGGACAGUUAAAGGGGUGGACGACUUGGACUUCUUCAUUGGCGACGAAGGGAUAGACAAGCCUAAUUAUGCCACAAAGUGGCCCAUCCGUCACGGCAUUGUGGAGGACUGGGAUCUGAUGGAGAGGUUUAUGGAGCAGGUCAUCUUCAAGUACCUGAGGGCGGAGCCUGAGGACCACUACUUUCUCUUGACUGAGCCUCCUCUGAACACACCAGAGAACCGAGAGUACACAGCUGAGAUCAUGUUUGAGUCAUUCAACGUCCCCGGGCUCUACAUUGCAGUGCAGGCGGUCCUGGCGCUGGCAGCCUCCUGGACCUCCCGACAGGUUGGGGAAAGGACCCUGACUGGGACGGUUAUCGACAGUGGCGAUGGAGUCACCCACGUUAUCCCAGUGGCUGAAGGAUACGUCAUCGGCAGCUGUAUAAAGCACAUUCCCAUUGCCGGGCGUGACAUCACUUACUUCACCCAGCAGCUUCUGAGAGAGCGGGAGGUGGGAAUACCUCCAGAGCAGUCCCUGGAGACCGCCAAGGCAGUCAAGGAGCGGUUCAGCUAUGUCUGUCCGGACCUAGUGAAAGAGUUCAACAAGUACGACACGGACGGCUCCAAGUGGAUCAAGCAGUACACUGGCAUCAACGCCAUCAGCAAGAAGGAGUUCACUGUGGACGUGGGCUAUGAGCGCUUCCUCGGGCCUGAGAUCUUCUUCCACCCAGAGUUUGCCAAUCCCGACUUUACUCAGCCAAUCUCCGAAGUUGUGGAUGAAGUCAUCCAGAACUGCCCCAUUGAUGUCAGGCGUCCUCUUUACAAGAACAUUGUCCUGUCUGGCGGCUCCACUAUGUUCAGGGACUUUGGGCGACGCCUGCAGAGGGACCUGAAGAGGACAGUGGAUGCCAGGCUGAAAAUGAGUGAGGAACUGAGUGGGGGAAAGCUCAAGCCCAAACCAAUUGAUGUCCAAGUCAUUACCCAUCAUAUGCAGAGAUAUGCAGUGUGGUUCGGAGGAUCCAUGUUAGCCUCAACUCCUGAGUUCUACCAGGUAUGCCACACCAAAAAGGACUAUGAGGAGAUUGGGCCGAGCAUCUGUCGCCACAACCCUGUGUUCGGAGUAAUGUCUUAACUGUGGCCCUUCAACAUCUGAUGAAUAGGUUGGGUGGGUAGGCUUGGGUUGGAAUAUUAGGAGAUGGGCAUGGGAAGAAAGGGUGGGCAGCUUGUCACAGGUGGCGUGUUUGUGCUUUUUGAUUGCUUGUUCGCUCUAUAUGAAACGAGAGGCAAUUACCGAUUUUUUUUUUUAAAACUG